ACAUAAACGAGUGUUUGUCCGGGGAUCACGGCUGUGACGUUAACGCACGCUGUGGGAACAUCAUCGGCUCGUAUUUCUGCCAGUGUCUUCAGGGAUACAGCGGAGAUGGAGACUCCUGCUACGAUGUGGAUGAAUGCACUCAAGGUAACAGACUCUGUGAACACGACUGCAUGAAUCAGCCGGGGACGUACAGCUGCGUCUGCAGCCCUGGAUACGCAGUCACUGCAGAUCUACACAACUGCACAG